UCCAGCAAUGUUCUAGGCCUUUCUUAUCGAGGGUGAGAUGAUAUAAAGGCAGAGAAAAGCAAUUCUGGUCAUUUGUCUGAAAAAGCUCUCAACAUGAAAAAGCAUUCCACCAGUCUGAGGGUGAGACUGCCUGUCCUGGUGCUGGUCCUGGAGGUUCUCCUCCUAUCUCUCUACACUGCCUUUGUCACCUAUGACAAUGAUGCUAAUGCUAAACUGCAGAACAAUGAGACCAAACCCAUGGACAACGCACUGUACCGAGAUUACCCAUACUUUGCUGACAUUCAGGUGAUGAUAUUCAUUGGAUUUGGGUGCCUUCUGGCCUUCUUCCGUCUCUACGGCUUCAGUGGAAUGGUCUUCAAUUUCCUGACGGCCACCUUCGCCAUCCAGUGGGCCAUCCUGGUACAGGGCUACUUCCAGUUCAGCCAUGCUGGGAAGAUCCACCUGGGGGUCAUCAACCUGAUCAAUGCUGAGUUUGCCUGUGCCGUGGUGCUCAUUUCCUUCGGGGCUGUCCUGGGAAAGACCAGCCCAGUGCAGCUCCUAGUCAUGGCCCUGCUGGAGGUCCCAGUGUUCUCAGUCAAUGAAUGGGCCGUGCUCAAGUACCUGAGGAUCAACGAUGCAGGGGGAUCGAUCCUCAUCCACCUGUUUGCCUGCUAUUUCGGCCUGGGUGCAACAUUUGUCCUGUACAGGCCACGUCUGAACGAGGGUCACGCCAAGGAGAACACCAGCUACCAGUCAGACAUCCUGUCAGUUAUGGGCACCCUGUUCCUCUGGGUGUUCUGGCCCUCCUUUAACUCGGCUCUAACCCUGAAGGGAGACGACCAGCACAGGGCCAUCCUGCACACCUUCAUAGGCCUCAGCUCCUCCACCCUCACCGCCUUCGCCCUCUCUGCCAUGCUCAACAAGAAUGGCAAGAUUACAAUGGCCGACAUCCAGAACGUGACCCUGGCGGGCGGGGUGACAGUGGGGGCGUCGGUGGACAUGAUGAUCUCUCCUGCGGCUGCGUACGCACUGGGUGUGAUGGGCUGCAUCGCCUGCAUGCUGGGAUACAAGUACCUCAGCCCCUUCCUGGCCCGCCACCUCCGGAUCCAGGACCAGUGUGGUAUCCACAACCUGCAUGGCCUCACAGGACUCAUAUCCUGUGCCGCAGGGAUAUGUGCCAUCCUGACAGCCACUGAGGAGGUGUAUGGACCCAGCAUGUAUGAGAUCUUUAGCCACAGGGCACCUAUGGAAGGAGAUCCUAAGCUUCUAGAGCUCCAGGAGUUGAUCCCUGGUCUGCAGCCAGGUCUGGGGCGCAGUGCCAGGGAACAGGCCCUCUACCAGAUGGCAGCUGUGUUCUCCACUAUGGGAGUGGCAACACUAGGGGGCAUAUUGACAGGCUUUGUGUUGAAGCUGCCGUAUCUUGCAUCACCCUCAGAUGACCUCUGCUUUGAUGAUGAGCUAUUUUUCAAUGUUCCGCCUCAUUAUGAUUGUCUGAUGGCCCUAAAUGGUCAAAUCAAAACUGAUGAUUCGACAGCAUCAUAGGGUGCUAGCUAUGCAUUUAGUUGUAUAAAUAAGUUUAAUGCUGAAUGACGGUAAAACAUUUAAAUUGAUUAGAUAAUCAUGCAGUUUAGCAAUAUAAUAAAUCCUCAUUCGUGGUUAAUGUACUCUGUGAUCCAUUUCUCUUUCUUGCACUUUUUUAUUUUACAUUCCCACAUGAGAGGUUUUAUGGACACAAACUUGGUUUUGUAACCAAAUUAACCAUUGGGUUUUUAUUUGUACUUAUUUUAAGAUGUUUUAGUAUGCAAGUCUAUGUCUCGCUGCUUAAUGAAAUCCAUUUGUCUAUUUUAGUGGUUUGUAAAAGUGCGUCAUCUCAUACUGACUACAGUAGCCUCACACACCUGACUGUUAAAUGUAUUGAGGUCAGAGGGCUUUUGUUUUCAAGUGUGGUACAACAUUGGUAAUUUUAUGUCAAAUGACCUGAGAAUGAAUACAAUUUUGCGGUUCGCAAAAAAUUGCAAAUGUGGGCACUCAAACCACAUGAUUAUAUCAUUCAUACAAUGUAAAUUAACAUAAUACAGAAUAUUGACACAUCCACAUAAUACAGAAUAUUGACACUAAUUUGAUGACUCUAUUAAUAAAGGAGCUCUCAUUUUACAAUCCCACUAUUGCUUUACACUGUUCCUGCAGUCCUCCUUGCAAUGUUUUAUUGUGUAUACUCAGAUUUAGAUCAUGUUUAGUGGAGUGGUGAAAGGUAUUUUACAGCUCCUUAAAGGGUCACAAAGUCUGAUGGCCAACAUGCAGUAAGCUUUUAUGCAACUAAGGUGACCCUUUAGCAUGCAAAGAGGCCUUGAGUGCAAAACUCUUAGCUCGGGACUAAUAUUUUUCCUGGUUAGGAAAUUCUCCUGAUCUUGUGAAUUUAUUUCCUGACAUCAAACAAGCCAAAUUACAGUCGUAAAGAGCCAGACAUGUUUAUUCACCACAAAAAAAAACCUCAAUAAAUAAAAGGUUGGCUACAUAGCUCUGUUCUAUGAUCAUAUCUGUGCAGGGGAGGUAAUGCAGUCCUAGGAGGCAUUUGUUUUUCACAUUUUGGGUGAUUUGAUCUAAUUUUCCGGUAGGUGGCGGUAAAGUACCAUAUUGAGAAGAGAGAGGCGGUGGAGUCGCCUUUCUAGAUAGCUAGGACAAACAACCCCGCCUUCCUCGAGGCUUGAGUGCAGAGCGCCAUUUUAGAGAGGCAAAGGAAGUUGUUUUGUGAAACAACUUCAAACGCUUGAACGGGGAAAGAACUAAUAUAAAGCUAAAUACUUUACGGGCUGUUACUGAUAAUUUCGUUGGUAAUACGUAGUCUAGAGAGAGAGCAUUUUCUGGAGCGAUUAUUUUGAAUCUGUUGUUGGCAGGAACAGCAGCAGGCGAAUCCGAGGUCAAAUUGGGCCUAUUUUAGAAGGAGGCAACGGUAGUUCGCAGGCUAGCUCACUGGCUGAUUGGUUAGCUUGCUAGCUAGGUAACUAUUCAUUUUCUGGUCACAGAAAAAGAAGCAGACGGGACGGUGGGACAAAUCCCUGCGGAGACCAUGGCAGACGAUUUUGACAUUGAGGCUAUGCUAGAGGCUCCAUACAGAAAGGUGGGUAGAAUUGCCAGGCUUGUAUGUUUUUUUGUGCAUUCACUAUUUGCUGAUCUAGUAUCAUCUUGCUGCUCAGAGAUGUAUAAGUUCGCUAUUAUUGAUAGUUAAAUGAUUGUGUGUGCCUCUCAAUGUAUGAAUGUGGUGUGUGAUGCAGUCAGACAUAAUCCAAAAUUCUCAAUAAACGCCCAUCUAUCUUUCUUUGUAGACUUGCCUAAUGAUAUCUCACCUCUACUCCCAUGAAUUCACCUUUGAUUCCAGUGUGAACUGUGAAAAAAGUAAGGUAGUAAUUGCGCAAUGUAUUGAUGUACUGUGAUCCCCCUAGGACAAAAAGAGCCUCAUCUUAGAACAUCCUAUCACCUGUUCGGUUGCAACAAGGUGAAUGCAAAUGGAUGAUAAUCAGCGCAUUUUACCUCACAUGCAAAGGAGACAGUAUUUAAAAUUUCUGUUGACAUGGUAACUAACGGCAUUGUUCCACCAUGUUUACACCUGUUAGAUUGACCGUGAUACCAGUAGUUCUGGCACAUAUUCUAUUUAUAUGCAUUGACAUUUGUUAUGCAUCGUUGUCAACUAAGUCGGACCUGAAAUAGACCUUACGUGUGUUAGUACUUUUACCCUUACAUGUCUUUUCGUAGAUUAGUCUACUGACUCAUAGUAUACGUUGUUUUACAAAUCAUUGAUAUGGCUUAAAUGUGUAGUCAUGAUUUUGCAGAGGUCAACAGAGUAAGCUAUUGAUAACUUUGAAAUAUGAAUACUGUCUCCAUGCCCAAGUCUAUUGAUUCCGAUUCGUAAAUCAGCAUCUUGACUUUGCAUGCCUUUUAACACCAGUAAUAUUCAAAGUUUAUUUUCUUAUUAGAAUUUACUUAAGAUUUUCAUUUCAAGAUUUCAUUUCCAUGAUACAUUUAGUUAUUGAUUUCACCAAUAAGAAUAGUUUUCCCCUCAUGAAAUACAAGCCAAAAUGGAUCACCUCCAUUCAGCCGGCACUAAAAGAAAAAACAUAGGGCGAGAUGUGUGACAGAGGUGGCAUCGAACUCUUACAUUCCAAGAAGGAAAAUGGGUGAAGAUCACUGGACUGGCACCAACCACAGGAUCUCUUUUAGUGGCUGUGGGCCAAGCAUGGCCUCAGUGGGCUUAGGAACAGAUAGUGGUAUUGGUACGACAAAGCAGGAGGGGUGGGGUUGAGAUGACCAAACUGUUACCAUGGCUUACUGUAGCAUGCCAAAAUGUUAGAUACUUUCCCCAUACACCUUGACUUUUGGUUGGAUUGAGUACUGUACAGUAUGUAGUUAUAACAGUGGGUGGGGGUGGAACUCUACAGGGGCUGUAGAUGGACCACCUUAGAUACUUCUCCAAACAUAUCAGUAAUGUUAACAGUAUUUUUACUAAAUGAAUAUAUUCUGUAUUUUCUUGUUCCCUCCCCUUACCCCUGACGACUUGCAAUGUUUCCUCUACGUCCUCAUGAUGUUCUUCUAUCGACCCUGCUUAGGAUGAGAUCAAGUCCUCUAGCGCUAAUGGACAUGAGGAGCGCAGUAGUAAGAAG